AUGCAACAAGUGACAUUGAACAAUUGUGACAAGGCCAUGCCGACAAUUGGCAUGGGAACUGUUCUUUCAUCUCGGCCGGGGGCGGACCCAUCGAAGACGAUGAAAUCCGCCCUAUUAGAGGCCAUUAAAGCCGGCUAUCACCAUUUCGACACCGCAUUUAUUUAUCAAUCGGAAAAACCUCUAGGAGAAGUCAUUGUUGAGGCUCUACAUCUUGGCCUUAUUAAAUCAAGGGAUGAACUUUUUAUUACUACAAAGUUAUGGUGCACUUUUGCUCAACCUGACCAAAUUGUUGGUGCUUGUAAACUUAGUCUUAGAGAAUUGCAAUUGGAAUACGUGGAUAUGUAUCUAAUUCACCACCCUUUGAGAGUAAGUGAAACAAUUCAAAAAUUGCCAGUUCCAAAAGAAAUAAUUCAUCCAUUGGAUAUUAAGGGUGUGUGGGAAGGUAUGGAAGAAUGCAAAAAUCUUGGACUCACUAAGGGAAUUGGUGUUAGUAAUUUCUCCUGCAAAAAAAUUGAGGAACUUCUUUCAGUCGCUAAAAUUCCUCCUGCCGUCAAUCAAGUGGAGAUGAAUCCAAUUUGGCAACAAAAGGAACUAAGGGAAUUUUGUAAGGCAAAGGGAAUUCACAUAACUGCUUAUUCUCCUUUGGGUGCUUAUAAUACAAUUUGGGGUGACAAUAGAGUUAUGGAAUGUGAUGUUCUAACUCAAAUUGCUAAAUCCAAAGGGAAAACCAUUGCUCAGGUAGCAUUGAGGUGGAUUUAUGAGCAAGGAGUAAGUCUUGUUGUAAAAAGUCUCAACAAGGAGAGAAUGAAAGAAAAUCUUCAAAUAUUUGAUUGGUCACUUUCUCAACGAGACUUGGAAAAAAUAAGUGAACUUCAACAGCACAAAGGUUUCACUAUGGCUUCUCUUUUUGGACCUCAUGAUUUUGUGUUGCAAUUAGAUGCAGAGAUCUAAUUACAUUUUAAUCAGAGCUCGAUUUCAAGAUUUAAUUUAAAGUUAUUAGUUAGUCCAACUUAAG